CGCAGCGGAGAGCUCAAAGCUAGCUCAAAGCUAUAGAUCACUAACCGUUCCUCGUCUUCUCCGCCCCUUUCAGGCCAUUCUUCUUUCUCAUAUAAACCAUAUAUAAGAGCUUUAACCAAUUCCUCUAAACUACUUCGCUUCCCACUCCUAAAUCACUCCUUUAAUUCGGCAUUUCCAAUGGCGUCGCUUCUCCAUUCCAAGUCCCCAGCUCUCUCAUUCUCCUCCACAAUCUCUUCUCCUUCUUCCCUCCGACGUUUCUCAUCUUCCGCGGCGGCAUUCCCAGCUCGCCAAUACAAACUCCCCGCUGUCCAAUCGAAAAUCCGUGAGAUCUUCAUGCCUGCUCUCAGCUCUACCAUGACCGAAGGCAAAAUUGUCUCCUGGACUAAGUCCGAGGGUGACGUCCUCUCCAAAGGAGAAUCUGUGGUGGUCGUCGAAUCUGAUAAAGCUGACAUGGACGUAGAGACAUUCUACGGUGGCAUUCUCGCUGCUAUCGUUGUCAAUGAGGGCGAGACGGCUCCUGUUGGCGCUCCUAUUGGGCUCUUGGCUGAGACUGAAGAUGAAAUUGCCGAAGCCAAGAUUAGAGCCAAAGGCCAAUCUGCUACUCCCAAACUAGAAACCUCUCCUGCUGCUACCACUACCAGUGAUGCUGCUGCUGCUGCCCCCAAAGUUGCUGGACUGAUUAAGAUUGUCGCCACGCCUUAUGCGAAGAAGUUAGCGAAGCAGCACAAAGUUGAUAUAAACAAAGUGACUGGGACUGGGGCAUUUGGACGGAUUACCCCGGAGGAUGUCGAGAAGGCCGCAGGGAUUACUAAAAGCAUCCCCGCUGCCACUGCAGUAGCUGCUCCGAUCCCGGCUGCGGCUGCUCCCGCAAAAGCGUCUCCAACUAGCUUUCCUGACAUUCCAGGGUCGACCGUUGUUCCUUUCACCACAAUGCAAAUUACAGUAUCAAAGAAUAUGAUGGAGAGCCUCUCUGUUCCCACAUUCCGUGUUGGAUAUCCAGUUAGUACGAACGCCCUUGAUGCUCUGUAUGAAAAGGUCAAGCCAAAAGGCGUUACAAUGACUGCACUGUUAGCUAAAGCUGCAGCAAUGGCCCUGGCUCAACAUCCAGUUGUGAACGCCACUUGUAAAGACGGAAAGAGCUUUACUUAUAAUAGCAGUAUAAAUAUUGCUGUUGCUGUGGCAAUUAAUGGUGGAUUGAUCACCCCAGUGCUUCAGGAUACUGACAAGUUGGAUCUUUAUCUAUUGUCUCAAAAGUGGAAGGAAUUGGUAGACAAGGCUAGGGCUAAGCAACUUCAGCCACACGAGUACAAUUCAGGGACUUUCACGCUGUCCAACUUAGGCAUGUUUGGUGUGGACAGAUUUGAUGCUAUUCUUCCUCCCGGCCAGGGGGCUAUUAUGGCUGUUGGAGCAUCAAAACCAACUGUUGUCUCUGACUCUGAAGGUUUCUUCUCUGUCAAAAAUAAGAUGCUGGUGAAUGUCACGGCAGACCACCGGAUUAUUUAUGGUGCUGACUUGGCAGCCUUCCUUCAAACGUUCUCAAAGAUUGUCGAGAACCCAGAGAGCUUGACAAUGUAGAUGCUUUCAAUCAAUAGCUUCUCACCGUUUUCUGCUAUGUUGUACUAAAACAUUCCGAUUAUAUUGCAUUCUUGAAAUUUUUUGGAAUGAAAUAAUAAUAUUUUUGCUGAUUUUUGGAUA